GGCCGGAAGGACGGGACCGGGGACGAUGUCGGAGAAGCUGCGCCGCUGCCGCAAGGAGCUGGCGGCCGCCAUCGACCGCGCCUUCGAGGGCGUCCGGCUGUCGCAGCAGCGCGCCCGCCCGGAGCCCCCGCCGCCCGGCGCCGCCGACAGGGAGGCCCCGGGCCCCGGCGCCAGGCCCGCCCCGGCCGCCCGCAGGCCGCUGGCCGCCAGGGAGAACCUGCCCGGCCCGCCCUGGGGCCCCGAGCCCGGCCCCGAGCCCGGCCCCGAGCCCGGCGACGGCCGCAGCGACGGCCUCAGGAAAGACAUGGAGAAGGAGCUGAAGGCUGACUCAAGUCUGCCCCUCGGCAGUUCUAGCCAAGAGGUCACCAAGGACCUGCUGGACAUCAUCGACAGCACGAGCAUCCGCACCAUGGAGGAGCUGGCGGGGAGGCUGGAGUUCGAGAACGAGCUGAGCCGUGUGUGCGGCCCCUGCGGGGACUCGCCCUUCCCGGAGGAGGCCUGGGCGCUGCUCAUGGACGAGAGCCCGCGGGAGGCGGCGGAGGCCGACCCCGGCAGCCUGCAGCGCGCCUUCGACGACCACAGCGUGGUCCAGACGGUGCUGGACCUGGAGGAGGACUACAGCCUGAUGGGCCCCUUCAAAUACCACCUGGAGUGAGGCCGCCCCCCUCACCCCCGGAACCCCCACUUUCCUGGCUCCCUGGAGCGGAGCCAGUGCUGUUUGGUUUGCGUGUUUUGUUGUUUCCCUGUUGCUUUGAAGUGUUUCUGACUGUUCUGUUUCUCUGGUUGAUGCCAAUACACCGUGCUCAGCCCGGUGGCUGUGCCUCUGCCGUGUCUCCUGGUGUUCUU